UAGUCCAAUACAUAUAAAAAAAAAACCCUACACAAAUAGCAGUUGCGCUAUCUUCAAAUGAUCAAAAAAACCGUUACAACUUAUUCUCCCGCCACCAUUAAAACCCUCUCACAAAAAUGCAAAACCCUAACCCAAUUCAAACAACUCCACGCCCAUCUCAUCAAAUCCCACCUGCACAACAACCCGAUCGCCAUCGGCCCACUUCUCGACGUCGCCGCAACCUCCUUCUUCUCCUAUGCCCAGUUAAUCUUCCAACACCUUCGCUUUCGAAACACCUUCAUUUACAACACCAUGAUCCGCGGCUACUUACACAACAAUUGUCACGCUUUCGCGGUCUUAUGUUACACCGAGAUGUUACGGUUUGGGUUUGUUGCUAAUAAUUACACUUUCCCACCGUUGAUCAAAGCUUGUUUCUGUUUAAAUGUUGCGAAUGCGAGGUUAAUCGGGUGUUCGGUUCAUGGGCAUGUUUUGAAAUUGGGAUUUGGGGGUGAUCAGUUUGUGGGGAGUUCGUUGAUCGAGUUUUAUUCUAUGGGUUUUGAAGUUUAUAGUGCACGUAAGGUGUUCGAUGAAAUGCCUGUGAAGGAUGUGGUUGUAUGGACUGGUUUAAUUGAUGGGUAUGGUAAGAUUGGGGAUGUUUAUAACGCACGUAUGCUGUUCGAUGAAAUGCCUGAGAGAACUGUGAUCUCUUGGAGCGCGAUAAUGGCUGGGUAUUCGCGGGUUAGUGAGUUCGAGGAGGUUGUUUCUUUGUUUGCAACGAUGCAAGAGCUGGGUAUUGAACCGAACGAAUCUGUUCUCGUGACUGUUGUUACAGCGUGUGCGCAUCUUGGAGCACUUGCGCAAGGAUUGUGGGUGCAUUCGUAUGCCAAAAGACGUAAUCUUGAUUCGAAUCCGAUCCUAGCUACUGCAUUAGUUGACAUGUACUCGAAAUGCGGGUAUCCUGAUUUAGCAUUAUCGGUUUUCGAUACCAUUUCUGUGAAGGAUACGGGCGCUUGGAACGCGAUAAUUUCUGGUUUGGCAAUGAACGGGGAGGCGCUAAAAUCACUAGAGUUACUAAACCAAAUGGCGUUAAUAAAGAUUCAACCUAGUGAGGCCACAUUUGUAGCGAUACUCGCUGCUUGCACGCAUACCAAGCUGGUCAAAGAAGGGGUCGAGUUGUUUGACCAAAUGGGUCGCGUAUAUGGAGUUAAACCGCAGUUUGAGCAUCACGCGUGUGUGGUUGAUCUUUUUGCAAGGUCCGGGAUGUUAGAAGAAGCUGUCAACUUUGCGGAGAAGAAAAUGGGCGGUUUUUGUGAAGGGGAUGCGAACGUGUGGGGGGCUUUGUUAAGUGCGUGUCGAAGUUAUGGAAACGUGGAGAUUGGAAACAAAGUGUGGCGAAAAUUGGUUGAUAUGAAGGUGAUUGAUUAUGGAGGUUAUGUUAUGUGUUAUAACAUGUUUAAGGAAGCUGGGUGGAAACAAGAGGCUGAAGAGGUUAGAAACAUGAUUUUGGAAUCCGGAAUGAAGAAAACGCCGGGUUGUAGCGUGAUUGAGGUUGAUGGUGUGGUUAAGGAAUUCGUGUCCGGUGAAAAUGGUCAACCUUGGUCAACAGAAGUACGUAAAAUGCUCGAUUCGUUGUUUAAUGUGGCUCGUAUCGUCGAGUUGAACUGAAGAUUCAUCAUUUUUUUUAUGUUUAACGUGGCUCAAUUCGAGUUUAUUGAUGGAAAUAGUGUGAAUUUAGUGUACUAAUUUAGCUGA